AUGACUUCUAUUACUUCCGAGCUCGCAUCUGAAGAGAGGGCUAACCUUAUCCGGCGUCUCAGCCUCGUACCCGGUCUAAAGUACCUGGACUCUGCAACCCAUGCCAUGCUAUGGCUGGGUGAUAUCGAGAAACUUAAAGUAACUAAUUUACUAUCAACAUUUACAGAAUCCUGCCUUUACAAGCCGACUUUGAAGGCAUGGCUUGCCCGGUCUCAAAGAAGAAAUGAGCCCCCGCAACCCACCGAUCUAGUUUCUCCCACCGCCGCACCGAACACCCCCCAAAAGAGGAACUUUAGGGAUAGUUCCAGGUCUCCCUCCAAACCCCCUCGAUUGAAAAAGCGGUCUAACCCCGCAAAGGACAUAGUGAAUGAAAGAGACGGUGGGCGCUGUGUCAUCACUAAGAUGAGCGAACCCAUCCAGGUGUGCCACAUUUACCCGUUUGCGUUAGGAAGUAAGCCUAAAAGCGAACGGGAAAGCUUCUGGCGCCUUCUGGGCUGCUUUUGGACCUCGGAGACCAUUGCCAAGUGGAAAGAGUCCAUCAUACAUUCUGAAGACAUAGAUAUACCGCCAAAUUCAGAGGCACCACAAAACGUCCUGUGCCUCUCGACCAUUGUGCACGUCCUUUGGGCCUCGGCACGCCUUGCCUUUGAACCAGUCAAGUUAUCGGAAGACCAGACAUCUUUGACAAUGCGGUUCUGGUGGCUCCCACUGCGGACUUUCUCUAAGCAUGUAGACCUGCGCGUGGCCCCCUUCCUCCCCUCUGAUCUUAGAGCAAGUCCCCUCAAUGCCAAGUUGUGGAACCGCGAGACAGAUGAACCCAUCUAUUCCGGACACCUUAUGACACUGACGACCAGGGACCCCGAAAGCAUGCCCCUCCCAUCCUUCGAUCUCUUGCAGAUGCAGUGGACCUUGAACCGGAUUGCUGCUCUGGCUGGCGCGGCAGAUGUCAUAGAUGAGGAGUUCGAGCCUGACUUUGAGAGCUAG